AAUUUUCUCAGCCUAUCUCUGGACUUGCUCAUCGGCAGAACUUUGUGUUCUUCUGCAAUUUCAUCAGAGACAUGGUAGGUAGAAGCUACAGCUUAAAUAUGCAUGGAGUUGAGUCCAUGGAUCUUAGGAUAGCUCUCUAUGAAAUGAAGGAAAAUGUUCAGAGACUCCAAGAAGAGUUAGAUGCCGAGAGAGAAGCGACGGCCUCGUCAGCGAGCGAAGCCAUGUCAAUGAUUCUAAGGCUUCAAGGAGAGAAGGCGGCGCUAGCUAUGGAAGCUAGCCAGUACAAGAGAAUGGUCGAGGAGAGAAUGUCGCACACUGAGUUGUCUCUGGAGCUUUUGGAGGAUCUAAAUUACAAGAAAGAAGUUGAAAUCAAGAAUCUUGAAUGUGAAUUGCAUGCAUAUAGGUACAAGCUUUUGAGCUUGGGAUGCAGAAGAAUCGAGGAUGAACAUUCAGCUUAUGAUGAUAUGAGAUGUUGUGAUAGAUCUCAAACGCCAUCUCCUGAACCGAUUGAUAUAGACCAUUUGGUUCCUGUAGAGAAAGGAGUCAUUGAGCAGAGCCUGGACUUAUCAAGAAGAAAUGAGGAGAAGAAUUUAGAUUUGUAUUGGGAUCAGAUCAAGAAGAUGGAUGAGCAGUUAAAAGAGCUUACAGAUUGUAUAAGAAUGGAGACAUUUUCUGUUUCUGAAACUAAGUAUGGAGAAAAAGGUGAAUCUUUUGCUGCAAGCUCGUUGAACACUCAAGAUAUAGUUCCAAAGGGUUUGUGUAAACCUGAUUUUUUGGUGAAAAAGAUGUCUAAGAAAUCAUCUAAAAAGAAAAGAGCUAUCAGUGUACAGAGAGAUUAUGUACGAGGAAGUUGUUCUGCAAAUGAUACAGAGUAUCAAGCAGAGUUGCAGCGGUUGAAAGAGAGAGUAGAGCGGCUUGAGAAGGAGAGAUGCAACACAGAGACUCAAACUAGUGAAGUAAAGCAAGAAGAAGAGUUAAGUUCUGUGCAAACAACUCAGAAGUUACUUCCUUGUUAUGACUCAUCUAUUGUCUCUGUCCAAGAGGCAAUGCUUUACUUCUGGCUAUGAGACACGCUCAUCUGAACGGCAUUAGAGCUAAUAAAAAUACACUAUCUAAGAUUUCUACAAAUAUUGAUUUGAUUGAAAAAUACAAACCUUGAGAACCUUAUGGUGUGUUGUUAAUUAAGGUGUAAAAGGAAGUGAAUAAUACGAUUAGUUAAAGUGUGUGAUUAAAAAUUGUAUCUGC